AUUGAUCAAAUGCUUGAUCGAUUAGCCGGUAAAUCAUAUUGUUGUUUUCUUGAUGGUUACUCCGGUUACUUCCAAAUUCACAUUGCUCUAAAGGACCAAGAAAAAACCACAUUUACUUGCCCCUUUGGAACGUAUGCUUACAAGCGUAUGCCGUUUGGCCUAUGCAAUGCACCGGCAAUGUUUCAAAGAUGCAUGAUGAGCUUAUUUGCGGACUUUCUAGAGCAAUCUAUGGAAGUUUUCAUGGACGACUUUAGUGUGUAUGGUGAUUCAUUUGAGCAUUGCUUAGGUAACCUUGAAAAAGUCUUAGAGAGAUGCACCAAAACAAACCUUGUCUUAAAUUUUGAAAAAUGUCAUUUCAUGGUCAAACAAGGCAUUGUUUUGGGACACAUAGUCUCAAAAGAAGGCAUCUCCGUAGAUCCGGCAAAAAUAAAUGUCAUAUCUAGUUUACCUUACCCCUCCUCCGAGAGGGAAGUCCGCUCUUUUCUUGGACAUGCAGGAUUCUACCGGAGGUUCAUCAAAGACUUUAGCAAGGUGGCCUUACCUCUCUCUCGACUACUACAAAAGGACACGGAAUUUGAGCUAAGCAAGGAAUGUAUGGAAGCAUAUGACAAACUUAAAGUAGCAUUGACACAAGCUCCUAUUGUGCGAGGACCAAAUUGGACUCAACCAUUUGAAAUCAUGUGUGAUGCUUCGAAUUACGCGAUAGGAGCCGGGUUGGCACAACGCGAGGUUGAGAUGGUUGGCGGUUUGACCACUUUGGCGAGGUUGAAGGCUGCCAUGGACCGGGAGAUGGCUUCGGAGGCUUCCCCUUCUACUCCUUCGUCCCAACCUGCAGAUGACUCUCGUGCCGUGUCUCAAGAGGUAGCCGCGCCCGAGGUUAGAGGCGAUGUUCACGUUGCUUCGGGCCUGGUAACUUCUGGGGGUGAUGAGGAGGUAGUCGUGGUCUUGGCAUCCGGUGCUUCUCGGAAGCGAAAAAGGCCGGAGGAGGUUAGUAGUGAAAUUCUGGAGGAGGAAGGGGGUUCUGUUCCUUCCGUGAUGGACUGGAGGUUUGAUGCUCCGGCUUUCAUUGACCAGCACCUUAUGCUUGAAACUGAGAAAUUCUUUCAUGAUUGUGACGUUGCUGUUCAAGCGAAGUCGGUCUAUCGGGCUCUUCUUUGUUUCGCUGUGAUCAUUCGGAAGGCCGAGCCCAUGAUGUCUCAGGUGGGUCUUCUGAAUAAGAAGCUGUGUCAGUCCCAAGCUGAGGUGAUAAAGGUGAAGGAGCAGCUUGCGGCGUUGGAUUCGGCUAGGGAGAAGGUUGUCAAAAAUUCUGAGGACGCUGGGGCCGAGCUUCUCCAUCUGUCUGAGGUUGAGACUUUUCUGUUAUCUCAGCUGGGCGGGGAGCGAAAGCGGGCUUCCGACGCCAAAUCUCAAGCUGUCGUGCUUCUUGAUGAGGUAAAUAUUUUGAAGGCCAAGGUUGCUGCUCUGGAGGUCGAGACCGAGGGUCUGAAGAAGGAGAAGGUGGAACUGCUGGCGGAUGUAAAGAGCGCUAUCGCUGCUACUGAGGAGACGAUGAGGGCCCAAGCUUCGGUCCUGCGCCGAACGUAGACGUGUCCGUGAUGGAGGCAUUUAAGACUGUCCGUGAUGGCCAGAUCUUCGAUUUCCAGUAGGCUUUUAUUGUAUCUUUUGGUUGUAUUCUG